AUGGGCUCCUUCACAUAUGGAUAUGCUAUGGGCGAACUCCCUGGCGACAAACGGAUUGUCACGCCUCCAAUGCUUGGUGAAAAAAUAUCGCUCUCCCUCGGUCACACGUCCACCUUUGUCUUCAUGGGUACCAAAGCCGAGAUCUUAGAGUGGUUUAGGACUGUGGGACCCUCCAAGACUGUCCACACAGUCAUCUUUUAUGAUCGACCAGCGCCUCCACUGGACAUUGUCUUUGAUCUCUUCUCUAUCCCGAACCCAAAUCUGACCUGGACACAAUACUACCAGUCAUUCUAUCAAUCGGACCCGACUCUGGAGCGCUACCGCCUUGAAAUCCGACCGGAGCAGCCCAAGAUUGAUGCGGAGCUCGAACCACUGUACAGGAUGUACGCCAAGAGCGGCGUCUGUCUCGGAGACAUGGCCACGGCGUUGGAAAUGAAAUGGUCGCAACCGUCCACAAAGUCGUAUCUGGAUAUGGUCAAGGAGGUCUUUAUGGAGAGAGACGAGGCAAAUGACCAUGCACAGGAGGUGGCAACAGAAAGGAAGCGGAUGGAUGACGAAGGACAGCAUAUGGAGCUGGAGAAUAUUGUGGUCAGCAUGCCUCCGGAGAACCGUCAUUGA